AAAUAUUACUUGAAAAUAUGGACCGUUGAAGCUCCUUUCUUUCGCUCCCGCCUGUUCUUCUUUUCUGACCAAUCAGGUCGGAUCCCUCCAACCUACUUUCCAUCCACCGUCUUCUUCUCCACCGUCUAUGUCACUCUCCAUCACAACUCUCUCUCUCUCUCUCUCUCUCUCAUUUUUUCGAAAACCCAAAAACGAUGAGCAAUCUGAGCUCGAAUCUCACCCACCAGUCUGCCUUCACUCCCUGUUUCUCGCCCAGGCACGCUUUUCAGAUCCACGAGUUCAGCGUCUUCCGCCGCCGCAGACUCAAACCCGUCCCGCGAAGCCAACUCGGAAUCGGAAUCCCAUUCCACGAAUUCAUUUCCCGAUUCCCGUCCCCCAAUUCCCUCGAUUUCAUCGCUCCGGUUCUCGGAUUCGUCUCCGGCGCCACUCACUUCCUCUCCAACAAUCCGAACUCGAACCCGAACCCGAACUCGGUCGAGAGGAAAUUCGACUCGGAUAUCGGGGAGUGGGUUAUGUUCACCAGUCCGACGCCGUUUAACCGGUUCGUGCUGCUACGGUGUCCGACUGUGUCGUUUCAAUGCAGCGAAUUGCUAGAAGACUUGAACAAGAAGCUGGUGAAGGAGGACAGGCACUUCGUGCGCCUGAGUAGCGGCAGAAUCCGAUUUGAUUUGGGAAGCGAAACGGGGAGUUUAGUGGAAAAGAAAUUCGACUAUCAGAGACUGUGUAUAAGUACGGACGACGGAGGAGUAGUAUCUUUGGAUUGGCCAGCCAAUUUGGAUUUGAGAGAAGAGUAUGGCUUGGAUACCACCUUGGUUCUCGUGCCGGGCACGGCAAUGGGAAGCUUGGAUUGGAGUGUCAGGUCGUUCGUGUGUGAAGCUCUCCGGCAAGGCUGCUUUCCGAUUGUUAUGAACCCGAGGGGCUGUGCUGGUUCGCCUCUCACCACGCCGCGGUUAUUUUCAGCUGCUGACAGCGAUGAUAUCUCCACUGCUAUACAGUUCAUCACUAAGGCGAGGCCGUGGACCACAUUGAUGGGUGUUGGCUGGGGUUAUGGUGCUAACAUGUUGACGAAGUACCUGGCAGAAGCUGGGGAGAGCACACCGCUUACAGCUGCCACCUGCAUUGACAAUCCUUUUGACUUAGAGGAGGCCACUAGGUCCUCUCCUCAUCAGACGGCUAUUGAUCAGAGUCUCACUGAUGGUUUCCUAGAUAUUCUAAGAUCUAACAAGGAACUGUUUCAAGGAAAACCAAAAGGGUUUGAUGUGGAACAAGCGCUUUCAGCAAAAUCUGUUCGUGAUUUCGACAAAGCAAUCUCCAUGGUAUCUUAUGGUUAUGAGGCCAUUGAGGAUUUUUAUUCCAUAUCAAGUACAAGAGGUGUGAUAGGGAAUGUGAAGAUCCCCGUCCUAUUUAUACAGAAAGAUGAUGGAUCAGCGCCACUCUUCUCAGUUCCACGCAGUUUGAUAGCAGAAAAUCCAUUCACAAGCCUACUGUUGCGGUCUUAUUUGUCCUCUACUGUUACUGAUGGUGGUGGAUCUGCUCUGUCGUGGUGCCAGCACAUAACAAUUGAGUGGCUCACAGCAGUAGAGCUUGGACUUUUGAAGGGCCGUCACCCUCUUCUUAAAGAUGUAGACCUACCCAUAGACCCUUCAGAAGGUCCCGCAGACAAAAUGCCAGAAGAAAAUGAUACUGCUGCCAGCUUCAGGAUACGCUCCAGAAAGGACUCCGAGAGAAAGUACGAGGUCCAAAACACAGGGUUGCAGGAUGUGGAUAAUGGAAAGGACUCCGACAGAAAGUCAGAGGUCCAAAACACAGGGUUGCAGGAUGUGGAAAAUGGUUCCCUGGAUCAGACUAACUCUGAUGAUCGAGAAUUGGUCAAUGAGGAGGAAGUCAAUCCUGUAGAUGAAAAAGGUCAAGUACUACAGACAGCAGAAGUUGUUAUGAACAUGCUAGAUGUAACCAUGCCUGAUACUCUUACAGAAGAAAAGAAGAAGAAGGUGGUCUUAACAGCAGUUGAUCAAGGAGACACGCUGAUGAAAGCUUUGCAAGAUGCAGUGCCGGAAGAUGUUCGUGGAAAGCUAACAUCUGCUGUUUCUGGAGCUCUGCAUACACAAGGAACAAAGCUAAAGUUUGAUCAACUCUUGGGUGUUGCUCGGAUUCCUGACAUGUCUUCAGGUCUAAAGUCAAAGAUCGAAGACAAGGUCAUGGAAACAUCAAGUUCAGAAGGUGUACAGAAAGAAAAUUGUUCGUCGGAUCUGUUGAAAAAGCAUGGUGAUCUGGUGGAUAGCUCAAUUAACGAACUACCGGAUGCAAACAAGCCUCCAGGGGGACUAGAAUCAGAGGAUCCUCCCGCAGAGGGAUCAGAAAAGAUUUCAAAUCUAGACCAGUCACAGUCAUUGAGCAGUCAGGAAAGUGAUAUUUCUGGUUCUGUCGGAAAGGACUCUAGCAAAUCAGGAAAUGAUUCUUCCAAAGAAAAGGCUUCCGAAGAUCUUUCCAACAGUGAAAAGAGUUCAAACCUAGAUCAGUCUCAAUCACUGAGCAGUCAGGAAAGUGAUAUUACUGGUUCUGUUGGAAAGGACACUAGGGAAUCAGGAAAUGACAAGUCUUCCAAGGAAAAGGCUCCUGAAGAUCUUUCCAAUAGUGAAAAGGGUUCAGAACUAGAAAAAAAUCCUAACAAUUCCAGCCAGGUUGAAAUUGUCGGUGGCACUGAGGAAGCAGUUGUAGAGGAGCAGAGAGACCAAGAUGGUAGAAACACUCCGUCAGACAUGAAGAAAGAAGAAGAAAACGAUAUCCAGAAGAAGGAUAAUAAGAAUGUGCAGCCCGUGGCAGACCAAAGUAAGAACUUCAGUGUUUCUGAGGCAUUGGAUGCAUUGACAGGGAUGGAUGAUAACACCCAAAUGGCAGUCAACAAUAUUUUUGGUGUUAUAGAAAAUAUGAUAACUCAAAUGGGGGAGAGUUCAGAACAGGAAAGUGAAGUAAAAGAAGUUGAUUCUGUGGCACAGUCUGAAUUUGCAGAGGACCAUGUCAAUGAUGACAAUAGUCAAGAAGAUUCAGAAGCCAGUAAGACUGACCAAAAUGUACAAAUGGAUACAUUAAGCAAUGUCCGUGUAUUUGAUCACCCUGGGAAUGGUAUGGAUUUGCAACCUGAUGCACCAAAUGGAUGGGUAGAGAAGUCUAAUCAUACCCCCCCGUCAGCUUAUAGGAAUACUUUGAACAAUUCUCAGGGAAGUGAUGCAGUUAACAACAUAGAUGACGAUAAAAAUGAAAAGAAAGAUGAACUGGUUGGUCCAAAUCUUCUUGCUGGAAGUGUAGACAAACUUAAUCAUGAAAAGAAGGCUCCAGUUUCCAUAACUUCAAUUCCAAAUGGGGUGAAUACUCUUCUUUCAAAGGUACCUGACGAAUCACUUGAUUUAGAUUCAACCACCGCUCUGUUGUUGGACUAUUUUCCAGAAGAAGGUCAGUGGAAGCUCUUAGAAAAACCAGGACAUGUUUCCGAUGGUACCGUUGCAACUCAUAGGGGUAUUGACAGUAAGAUUCACACCCAUUCACCUGCAAAGGUAAAUGGUAAAGUUAUCGAACCAUCAUAUGCAAUAUUAGAUACAGAAAGGCAUCAGGAACCAGUGAAAGAGUAUGAAACGGUGGAAAAUAUUGAGGGGAGAGUCAAAAUUGGUGAAGAGAAAGUAGGGGAGUUUAUGCGAUUUGUGAAAAAUAUUAUAUUGAAUACUUUGAAGAUUGAAGUGGGUCGCAGAGUAAGUGAAGAUGACAUGAAAAAUAUGGAACCCUAUCUUUCCAAAGAUAUGGAACAAGUGGCUAAUGCAGUUUCAUUUGAUGUUGGAUAUGACAAGUAUGCUCCAUGUUUGGAAGUUGAAUACCAUAGUAUUAUUGACUGCACUACACAAAAAGUUGGUACUCUCCAUGGUGAGCAUAUAAUAAGAGCCAUAUCAUCUUCUGUUCAGGGCACUAGUUACUUGAGAAGAGUGCUGCCAAUUGGUGUUAUAGUAGGCUCGAGCCUAGCGGCGCUGAGAAAAUAUUUUGAUGUGGUUACGAUCCAUAACUAUGGUCAAAUAGAAGCUCUGACGCUUAGUCGAGCAAAAGUUUCUGGAAAAAAAGAUCUGGGCAAGGCUAGUGGCACAGAGAUUCAACACAUGCCUGUUGAUAAAUCUGAUCGAAGUGCUAGCUUGGACAGUUCAGUUAACAGGGAAGGGGAAAAGAACUGGUUGAAGAAUAUAAACAACAGUGUUAUGGUUGGUGCUGUUACAGCUGCCCCAGGGGCAUCUGCAUCUGCAUUAUUCGUGGAGCACCAGGAUUCGUACAAAGGUGAUGAAACUUCUGGCGAGAGUUUGUCCAAGUCGUUGGUGAAAGGUAAAGGUCAGAAGGAGCCUGACAUGUUUGAGGAGGCUGAGAAAAACCAAAGUAACAUUGUCACAAGUCUUGCUGAGAAAGCCAUGUCAGUUGCUGCUCCCGUGGUACCCACCAAGGAAGAUGGUGAAGUGGACCAAGAAAGAUUAGUCACAAUGUUGACAGAUUUGGGACAAAAGGGUGGCAUGUUGAGGUUAGUUGGAAAAGCUGCUUUGCUUUGGGGUGGUCUACGUGGUGCGAUGAGUUUGACUGACAAGCUUAUCCAAUUUCUUGAUAUAGCUGAGCGUCCCUUAAUCCAGAGGAUUUUUGGGUUUGUCGGUAUGGUUCUUGUUUUGUGGUCACCAAUUGUUGUUCCACUACUUCCAUCAUUUUUGCAAAGCUGGACAACCAAUACAUCCUCUAGAAUUGCUGAACUUGCUUGCAUUGUUGGCCUCUACACGGCUUUUAUGAUACUUGUUGUGAUAUGGGGCAAAAGAAUACGUGGAUAUGAAAAUCCUCUUCACAGAUAUGGGCUAGAUUUAACGUCAUUGCCAAAGUUAGGUGAUUUUUUGAAGGGCUUGGUUGGUGGAGUUGCCCUUGUUUUGUCAAUACACUCAGUAAGAGCACUACUUGACUCUGCGAAUCUCUCUUGGCCCUCCACUCCAUCUUCUUUGGAUGCUGUCUCACAGCUCAAAUUGUGUACGCAAGGGCUUGUGAUGGUUGGUCAAGGAGUUAUAGUAGCUACUGGUAUUGCUCUUGUGGAAGAAUUGCUUUUCAGGGCAUGGCUGCCCCAAGAAAUUGCUGCAGAUCUUGGAUAUCAUCGAGGAAUAAUUAUAUCAGGACUUGCGUUCGCUUUAUCCCAGAGGUCUCCGCUAUCAACACCAGGUCUAUGGCUUCUAUCUUUGGGUUUAGCAGGUGCUCGGCAAAGAAAUGAAGGCAGCCUUUCCAUACCAAUUGGGUUGCGUGCAGGAAUUAUCGCUUCAAUUUUCAUCAUACAGAAGGGUGGCUUCCUGACCUACCGGGGUAACUUUCCUCCCUGGCUUAUGGGGACACAGUCAUUCCAACCGUUUAGUGGGCUAAUUGGUUUUGCAUUCACCUUAGUUUUAGCACUAGCUCUGUACCCUACACAGCCUCUUCGUGAAGAGAAUGCAGAAAGGACAACUGAAGAAUUUAAGAAACAUCAUGCUGGUGAAUAGUGAGGCGGUCUUCUUGUUGCUUACUGAUUGUGUUUGCCUGGAUACUUCCACCUUGUAACGGGAACAGCCUCGGGCCAUGGAGUUCAAGCAUGAAAGUUUCAGAAACAGAGACGUUUCUUAAAAGUUCAAAGUGCUUCAUGGGAGCUUUUUGUCCCUAAUGCUACAACUCGCCAAGGCGAUGGUCAUAGUGUGUAUAUACACAACCACAGACCCUGCAGGCAAGUUUUGUAACUUGGAAAUAACGGCACCAAAGUGCUGGUAGUUUAGCUCAUUUUGCUUGUUUGCUGUUAUAUAUUAUGUAUAGAGUGUACAGAACGAAUCACCACCAGUCUGGAACCCUACUUAUAUAUCAUGUGAAUUCGUUCUUA